ACUCUUGGUUUUGUUCCUUGUAAAAUUCGGUUUUGCUUCUUCUUGUUAGGAUAGAAUUAGGAAACUUUUUAGAGUUAGGUUUAUGUUACGUUUCUUAUUAUAUACUUCAUAGAAUUUUAGGUUCGAGUUAUUAGUUUCCAAUUAUAUGUCGAAUAGAAUUAGGAGAGUAUAGGUACUAUAAAUACGUUGAUACUUGUGCUUAAAUUAUUCAUCCAUAUCUUUUCAAUUGAUCAAAGUUAGAGAAAAAAAAAUAAACAAUGGCGGGUGGAAUAAUUGUUGAUGGUGAAAAAGUCGGUAAAGACUAUCCAGGAAAACUAACUGGUUACGUCUUUUUGAGUUGUCUUCUUGCGGCGGCUGGAGGUUUGAUCUUUGGUUAUGACAUCGGAAUUUCAGGUGGAGUUACAUCAAUGCCGAUGUUUUUGGAGAAAUUCUUCCCAUCUGUUUACAGACAACAGAUGGCUGAUUCGGGAACGAACCAGUACUGUAAAUUCAAUAGCGUUAAAUUAACCAUGUUCACAUCCUCUUUAUACUUGGCUGCAUUAGUAGCUUCUAUUGUGGCAUCUACUGUGACCAGAAAGUGGGGCCGUAAGCGAUCCAUGUUUGCUGGAGGUCUCCUCUUCCUUGUUGGUGCCGUUGUUAAUGCCGCUGCUCAAAACGUUGCCAUGCUUAUCAUUGGCCGUAUACUUCUUGGUUUUGGCAUUGGCUUUGCUAAUCAGUCAGUACCUGUGUUUCUCUCAGAGAUGGCACCUUACAAGCACCGUGGUGCGCUAAACAUGAUGUUUCAACUGACAAUCACAAUAGGAAUCUUGAUAGCCAAUCUCCUUAACUACGUAUUUGCCAAAGUUGACCACAUUGGAUGGAGGUUGAGUCUCGGGGGAGCUAUGGUUCCUGCUCUCAUUAUCCUUGUUGGUUCUUUAAUCCUUCCCGAAACCCCCAACUCCCUCAUUGAACAAGGCAAACCCGAUGAAGCUAAGAAACAACUGUUAAAAAUCCGAGGGGUUGACAAUGUUGACGCCGAAUUCCAAGACCUAGUUACAGCUAGUGACGCCUCUAAGAAGGUGGAAGACCCUUGGAAAAGCCUCUUAAAAGACAGACAGUAUAGGCCUCCUCUCAUCUUCGCCUUUGCAAUUCCAAUGUUUCAACAACUUACCGGAAUUAAUGUGAUCAUGUUCUACGCACCGGUUUUGUUUAAAACAAUUGGAUUCGCAAAUGACGCCUCCCUCAUGUCGGCUGUUAUUACCGGUGGCGUUAACGUUGUUGCUACUUUGGUCUCCAUUUACGGUGUUGAUAAGUGGGGAAGGCGAUCUCUCUUCCUUCAAGGUGGCAUUCAAAUGCUCAUUCUCCAGAUCUUGGUAGCAAUAUUUAUCGGAUGGCAAUUUGGGGUGACAGGAGAUGCAACAAAUUUGCCACAAUGGUAUGCAAUUGUAGUUGUAUUGUUUAUAUGCAUCUACGUAGCUGGAUUCGCAUGGUCAUGGGGACCUCUAGGGUGGCUAGUCCCAAGUGAAAUCUUCCCUCUCGAAGUCCGAUCUGCUGCACAGAGUAUCAACGUAUCGGUCAACAUGAUAUUUACCUUUAUUAUAGCUCAAGCUUUCCUCCCAAUGUUAUGUGCCUUAAAGUUCGGACUCUUCAUCUUCUUCGCCUUCUUCGUCGUGAUUAUGACUAUAUUCAUCUACUUCUUGUUGCCCGAGACCAAGAAUGUGCCUAUUGAAGAGAUGAAUCUUGUCUGGAAAAGCCACAAGUUUUGGGGUCAUUUCAUUCCUGAGCAGGUUGUUACUCCCGAGAUGCCCGUACUUAAGGCGUAAUUCCAUUAUAUUUUUAUAUUUUAGGAAGUGUUAUGGUUUUUAAGAUUGUUAAUUAGCCAAAUAUUAUGACAGAUUUUAGUAGAUAUUUAUGUUAAUUCAUUCAUUCAUCAACAGUAAGUUAUGAAAUUAUACACAUUUUAUUAUC